AUGAUGGCCAAUUUGACAGAUGGUGAUCAAAGUUUUUGCAGUGUGACAGUUCCGCAGCAGCAACAGCAUCAACUAGCCAGCAGUGGAGUGGGCGGAGGCGGUGCCAGUGGGAAUGUGGCGCAUACCGGCAACGCCUUGCACGUAGGCGUCGCCGGUGGCGGUGGUGAAGAUGGCGAGAGCGGCUUGGGCAGUACGGUUACCGUCGGCACGGCAUCGUCCGCUGCGAUGAUGGGAUCGAUGACGCCGACGCCGACCGCAUCCACGACGACACUGUCGGCAACGCCAACCGUUGGAACGUGGACGGAAUUUUGCGAGCGUCACGCACGGGCGGCCGCAGCGGACUUUGCCCGAGCGUGCGUAAAUUACGUCACCAACAAUCUGCCGGAAGUGGCCCGCCAUACGAUCUCCCAUCGGGAUUUUAUGCGCCGGUUUGUCCACUGCUUCGAGUCUCGCUUCGAGGACGAGUUUCAGCGCCGACGAGCGCAACCUAAGACUGGAAAUGGAUCCGCUACGGUGCCGGAGGAAAGCGAUUAUUCCGAGGAUACAGAUUCGCCAAAAACCAACCACAAACCGUUCUUCCGACGACUAUCGUUCAAAGGGCUCCGUAAGGGCAAGGUAAUUCAUGCAUUUUUCCACAAGCAACACUCGGACGAGGUGGAACUAUCCGAGCGGCGCGCCAGUAAAACUAAACUCGCAAAAAUAGUGGUCGAAUGUCGGAAGGAGGGCACCGUCAACUACCUUUCGCCGGAAAACCUCGACCAGCCCGGUUCCCAGAAGUGGGAAAAGUGUAAGCUGGUGCUAGUGAAGACGGUCUCAGGAUAUAUGCUGGAAUUCUACUCACCACCAAAGUCACAGAAGCCUCGGAGUGGCGUGUUUUGCUUUCUCAUAACGGAAGCUCGUGAAACGACGGCACUGGAAAUGCCGGAUCACGAGAAUACGUUCGUGCUAAAGGCAGGCAAUAAUAUGGAGUACGUCAUAGAGGCCCGCGACACGGACGACAUGCGCAGCUGGCUUGCCACGAUACGCUACUGUAUGCGUAGUACGCAAACGACCUCCGAACCAUCCGAUUCGGUUGCCACGGAUUUGAUCACCACCCUCAGUACCUCGAUGUCGCACGGUGGGGGAGGAGCGGGCGGUAUACCAUCAACGCUGGUAGCAUCCAGUGGGCUCGCCACGGACGUAAAUAACCUAAGCCUCAAUCAAUCGCUAACCGGCACAACCGGUGGAACCGGCACGUCCACCAUUGGUGCGGUAUCGAACGCGCUCGGUGGCACGGCGAUACCUGCUGGUACCGGUACGGCCGCCAAUGCGAACGCAACCACCACCGUUACGACUGCCAGUGCACCGGAAUUGCCUCCCCGUCGGCCGGACGACCGGAUAUCGUCGUCGAGCAAUUUCGAGUUGACGGAAAAUGAUCUGGAUUUGUCGCACGAGCACGACACCGACCUGACGGCAUUAAUGCGCGAGUACCCGUGGUUUCAUGGCACGUUGCCACGGUUCGAAGCCGCCCAGCUGGUACUGCGCGAGGGCAUCUCUAGUCACGGCGUGUUCCUGGUACGGCAAAGCGAAACGCGCAAGGGCGAGUUUGUGCUCACGUUCAACUUCCAGGGCAAGGCGAAGCAUCUGCGCAUGACGCUGAACGAUCUCGGCCAGUGCCGGGUGCAGCAUCUAUGGUUUCCCUCGAUCACCGAGAUGCUCGAACAUUUCCGGCAGCAUCCGAUACCGCUGGAAUCGGGUGGUACAGCCGAUGUUACGCUAACUGGGUACGUGCUUACCCCACAGCACCAGCACGUGUUAACGCAACAGCAGGCCCAGCAGCAGCAGCAUCAACAUCAGCAGUCGGUGUCCGGCUUGCAGGCGGGUCAGCAAACGGCAACCAGUAACAAUUACUCCACCACCCUAAUCGGUAGCAGCAGUAUGAGCAGUAGCAAUGCGACCGGUGGCGGUGCUGGUGCUACCACCGCCGUGUCCAACUCCUCCCAAAAUACACCCAACGCGACCGGAACGACGGGAGCGCCCAGUGGCGGUGGUACGGCAGCUGGCAGCAAUCCUCAAACCAGCCCAAGACAUCCAACGCAAGCGAUCACGCUGAAUGGAAGUGUGCGUAUCAAAACAUGUGACCUGGAACUGUCGCUCCAAACGGUCCCGGUUGAGCAGAUGAGUUCGCAUCUUCACCAUUCCCAUCAUCAGCAACAGCAGCAGCACAUUCAUCUACAUGCGUCACAUCAGCAGCAACAGCCAGGAACAAGUGGUCUAAAUCAGGGAUCUGCAUCCGGUUCCGGACAAACCGGCACGGCGGAAGAAGUGCAACGGGCGGUGGAUAAUCAGUACAGCUACGUUUGA